UCCUGGUCUGUAGAGGAGGAGAGAUCGGAGAAAUCACAGGCUGACAUAUCUCCCCCCACUCGAUCCCAGCCACCACUGAUCGGACUAUCCCCCCCGCCGCCGGAAAUCAUCAUCGUACACAAAUCUCUUCCUGCACACUCCGGACCUGCAAUCCUCCUCCUGGGCCCGGACUGGCCAUCCGAGUUCUGGGCUGCCUGUGGAUCUCGGGGCCGGCAGUAUGAGCGUCUCCCUGGGGCACACCGGCCUGUCUGGGGUGCAGAAUCUGAAAGCAGACCCUGAAGAACUAUUCAGAAAGUUGGAAAAGAUUGGCAAAGGAUCUUUUGGAGAAGUUUUCAAAGGGAUUGACCAUAGGACUCAGAAAGUUAUAGCUAUAAAAAUCAUAGACUUGGAGGAAGCAGAGGAUGAAAUAGAAGAUAUUCAGCAAGAGAUUACAGUGCUGAGCCAGUGUGAUAGCCCUUACGUGACAAAGUAUUAUGGGUCGUACCUUAAGGACACAAAAUUAUGGAUUAUAAUGGAAUACCUCGGAGGAGGAUCUGCUUUGGAUCUGCUCGAGCCUGGUCAGCUAGACGAAACACAGAUUGCUACAAUAUUAAGGGAAAUACUAAAAGGACUUGAAUAUUUACAUUCAGAAAAGAAGAUCCACAGAGACAUCAAAGCUGCCAACGUGUUAUUAUCUGAAAAUGGCGACGUUAAGCUGGCUGACUUUGGUGUCGCUGGGCAGCUUACAGAUACCCAGAUCAAGAGAAAUACUUUUGUGGGCACCCCUUUUUGGAUGGCACCAGAGGUAAUAAAGCAAUCGGCGUACGACUUUAAGGCUGAUAUAUGGUCACUGGGCAUUACAGCAAUUGAAUUGGCGAAAGGAGAACCACCUCUUUCUGAAAUGCAUCCGAUGAAAGUGUUGUUCCACAUUCCCAAGAAUAACCCCCCCACAUUGGACGGAAACUACAGUAAACUCCUGAAAGAAUUUGUGGAGGCUUGUCUGAAUAAAGAGCCGAGCUUUAGACCAACGGCGAAGGAACUUCUGAAACACAAAUUCAUUGUGCGGAAUGCCAAGAAAACAUCGUACCUAACAGACCUGAUUGAUCGGUAUAAGCGAUGGAAGGUGGAGCAGGGUAAUGAAAGUUCCGACUCUGACUCCGAUGGGGGCAGCGAUGAGGAGCCAUCAGGAGAAUCGGAUGGUGUUAAGAAUUGGUUUUUUACAAUUCAAGAACCAGACCUGAAGAAAAUGAAGGAUGAAGCCAUGCGACUUGAAAACGCAGAAAAAAGUGAAGUGAAAGAUAUCCAGAAAAGGCCGCAGUCGCAGUGCUUGUCUACAAUUAUGACACCUUUAUUUAAUGAGUUAAAAGAAAGGAGUCAAGCAUCUGGUGGCAAUGUAGGGUCCAUAGAGGAACUGUAUGGUGCGAUUUACUUAGCAGAAGAGGCCUGUCCAGGCAUAUCUGACUCAAUGGUGGCAGAGCUUCUCAUGCGACUUCAGAGAUACUCCAUUAAUGGAGCAGACUCCUCACCACAUUGAAGAUUUAUUUCCUCCAGCUGGACCCUACCUUCUUUCUCUGCAUCAAGCUUCUCGCUCCUCAUGGGAAGUCACAGACUGAGGACAUAGCUUUAAUUAUAUCUGGUUACUGUUGAGUUUGGCUGAACACCUCUAACGAAUAGUUAUAGUUUUAUGAUUUUACUAUUUUGUAAUCAAAUGCAGACACAAACGCAGGUAUACAAACAGUACUGUGAUAAGGCAGAAGAAGAUAUUGGGAAUCCUCAGGUAUCUUGCUCUAAGCAGUCAGCUCCUCUGGGAGGGAAUACAAAAGCUGCACUGGAUCUUGUGUACAGAAUUGUAUAUAGAACCAUUUAUACUGAAUUCAGCCCAAGGCAUCCCCUGUGUGCAAGCAGGAGAAUGCAUCUGUACAUAAUAUUAUUGGAUGAAGUAUUUAAAAGGCCAGACUGAAACUUUACCCUUUUUAUUUUUGUAAAUUUUAAAUUGCUUGGAGGGUGAAUUUAUUUUCUACAUCCGAUCUUUUACUUUCAGAGAGAAAUAAUACGUGAAGCUAAAUUGACAUAUUUUACAAUGUAAAAUUGAAUAUUGGUAUUUAGAAUAGUUUUCUUUAACUUUGUAUCUAUAUUAUUAAAAUGUGAAGCUGGGUACUGUUAAGCUGGAUUGCCAGGAAAUUUGCAAUUCCAUCAAUGACUGCAACGAGGGGCUGACACGUAGUUUGUGUUUGCAACCUUUUGUUCAUGAGAAUGCAUCACAAACAAACUGAUGACCUCACUGAGUUUGGAAUAGCAGACUUAGUUGUAGGGGUUCAUGUAAGCGGUGUCCAAAAAAAAUAAAAAAGUUAGGUUGCAUCAUUUUCUUUUUUUUUUUUUUUUUUCUUUUUUUUUUUUUGUAGCACAGAUUUCAGAAUUAGAAAUCUUACUUGGUUCUUAAACCCCCUAAAAAUGUACUACAAGGACAUGUUUUCCAGCUCACAUCAUACAAUCACAUGUAUGCUUCUACUCAGAUAUUAGAAGCAGUGGUGGCUGGUGCUUAAUAUUUGGGGGGGGGGGGGCGCGCGCGCAAACAAACCUACCCCCCCCUCACUCGCACCAGACUAUGACCCCACCCCCCAUGAGAGACGGAUGAGAAUCGGAGGUGGUGUGGGCUCCUGGAAGCUGCCCCUGGCCCCCUUGCUCGCACUAGCACCCCACCCGCGGAUGGGUUGGGUGCCAUCCUUGUCUUUAAUUUAGGAGAUGGUGCUGGAUCUGGAGUAGGGCACCUGGAAGUUGCCCAUCCACCUGCUGCAUCUUGCCGUGACACCGAACCGCUGCUUCUCCUCCCAGCGGUAUAGGGAAUGGGUGCGGAGACCCGAUUGGCCGAGGGUCCUAAGACCCCCGGCCAAUCAGGUCUCAGGACCCAGUUCCUGAUUGGCUAGGUGGAGAAUCGGGAAGACAAUAGCGAAUAUAAUUUGCCAUUGUCACACAACUGGGUGGGCUCAGGCUCUAAUUACGUGCUUCAAAAAAAAACAAACAUUGAAAUCCAUUUGUCGGCGCCCUACAUAUGGAUUAGGGGGGCAGCGCCCCGUAUAGAGUGGACACCACUGAUCAGAAGUAUGUGCACGGUAGUGGUAACUAAGGUUAGGAACAAUUUUAUACCAGUUCAAAGAGUGUUCUGAUUAGUGCACAAAUGUGUUUUAUGAAAAUAUUUGCAGCAUAGUGAAGACUAAUCUUAUCCCAGCUGUCUUAUUCUGUAAUAAAAAUGAAAUUUUAUUUGA